AUGGGUGCAACUACAACAGAGCUUGAGACAUUUGAACAGCAAUUUAUAGAAUUAAUUAGUGAAUAUCAGACACUUUCGGCUUCCGAAAAGCAGUUGCGUGCAGAGUUUCGUAGAGAAGCAGCGCGUGCAGAGGGAGCAGAGGCGGCGCGAGAUGCGGCAGAGCGGUCUGCGGCGGACUCCCGCGCUACCGCCGCCGCCGCGACCGCCGGCGCUGCACAGGCCGCUAAGGCACUCGCAUUAGCACAAGAAGAGCUUGUCGCUGUUAAAAUGCAAUUGGAAAUAUCAGAAAAUCAACGCAAGCUCUUUGAAGAGAAAUGCACUGAGAUGUCCGAUAAAAUGAGUUGUCUCGAAAGAGAAUUACAGCAGUUGCAACCUCUACAGUGCGCAUACGGCACCAUACAACGUCAGUAUGUCGAAUUACAGGGACGCAUUCAAAUCGCAACAGAAGAAGCACGAAGCGAGGUAUCAAAACUUGAAGUUGAACUUCGAAGAGUAGAGCGCUGCGCCGGCGCCGGCGCCGAGCUGCGCGAGCGCGCGCGACUCGCGGCCGCAGCGCACGCGCGCGAGCGCGCACUCGCCGCCGACGAGCUCGCGCACACCACACGAGAGCUGCAGACAGCCAACGCUGAAAUAGCCCGCCUCAGAAUUAAAGUAACCGAGUUACAGUAUCAAUUAUCCAACGAGGAGUCCGUUAAGAAAAUACAUGAUCCGGAAUGUGAAUCUUUAGUCGAAGUGCGGGCGGCUUUAGAAGCCGAGAGAUCAGGAACGGCUAAGUUAGAAAGGGCCUUAGCAGCGGCUUUAGCAGAUAAUGCUGCGUUAGCAUCUGAAUUACAUAGUAAAGAUAAUAAUUCAGUCGACAAAAAAACUCCAUUAUUAAAUAAUGCGUCGUCUAAUAUAUGCCCUAUAGAUUUAUUCCUAGCCGAAUAA